GCAGGACCCUCGCCGGGUGCUCGGGAUGGAGCUCGGGGGGGUGGGCCGGGCCGGGGGACCUCGAGGUUCCAUCAGGCCGGCCAACCGCUGCCCCGCGCCACCGCCGCUGAGGUCCAUCCUGCUCCGGACCACAAACUUCACAGACGCCGGCGGAGACAAAGGUGCCGCGCGCCCAGGCUCCCCCGCUGCUCGGGCUCCGGGGUUCCGCGGCUCCGGCUACGCGCGGCCUUCCCGAGCGGGGCGCGCUCCGCCCCGCCUGGCCCUGGCCCUGGUCUUGGCGCGGGCGCGGGGCCGGGCGCGGGACGGUCCCCGCAGGGUCCUCGGCCGCGCGCGCAGCUCCAUCCCGCGCGGCCGCCGCGCCCCGCCUUAUAUCCGGCCCGCGCGCGCCCGGCCGGCGGCGGCGCGACUCGCGGCCCAGCCACCGGUUGCUAUAGCGAUGUCCCCCCCCCCACGUGUUGCUGCCAGCAAUUGGCUAAGGGGCCGCGGCGCUUCGCGCACCCGCUCCCGCCCGGCAUCGGGAGUGGACACCGGCCUUGUCAGUCAUCCCCGCGGCGCGGCCGCGGGCCCCGGCUCCGGCCCCGCUCUCCAGCCUUUUCUCUCCGCCGAGCGCUCGGCGGGGAAGUUCGGGCAGCCCCGGGCAGAGCGCGCGGCAGGCCCGGCGGGAACCCGCAGCGGGGGGUGGGGCGCCGACCGCGCCGUCGCUCCCACCUGCGCGGGACGGGCCUGGGGCUCGCGCGGAGGGCGGGCGGGACCGGCGGGCCGCGGUUCCCGAACCCGCGGGGAGAAGCGCCUCGGCCGCGCCGGGGAGAGUGAGAACUUUGCCACAGACGAUCCCGGCCAACUGCGGCUGCGACGUGGCUGCCAAGCGCGUAAAGCCGAGGCGCGGAGGCCGCGGGUCUCCCGGCGCGGCCGGAGCAGGGCCCCCGGGCCGCCACUCCCAGCGCGGACCCCCUUCCCAGGACCCGCGCACGGCUCGCCAGGCGUCUCCGAGCCCCGGAGGGUCUGGGCGCGCCUCCCGUUCCCUCCCCCACGCCGUCCUCCCCAGCCCGGGCCCCCGGAGAGGCCACAGGUGGGGGCACCCCCGGCGCUCCGCGCCCCCGCCAGCAGCCCAAGCGCGGCGCUGAAACGCAACAUCUGUGCGCACAAUGCGCGCCCGAGCCCACAGCUGCGGGAACAAGGGGAAGAAAGGCGGGGGCGAGCUCGUCAACGCCGUGACAGUCGGCGGAGCGCUCGCCCGUUCCUCCUCUCCUGGAAACCCCGGCGCCCUCCUCCCGGGCCCCUCUCCCGCCGCCGCUCCAUUGUUCCCAGCGCUCGGGACAGCUGGAGAGGCAGCGCCCCCGCCGCGCGCCCGCGCCCCUCCCGGGCGAGCCCCGCACCCCGCCCCCACUCCGCCGGCCCCCCGCGCCCGCGCCGCCCCGGACCCGCCAGCGCCCCGUCCCGGGCGUCAAGACAAGUGCCCGCGGGCCCCGUGGCAGGUCACCGGGGCGAGGGCGACCCCCCGUGCCCGCUCCCGCCGGCCGGUGGCUCGGCCUGCCCUCCGUCGCGGGUCAGGCUUGGGCAGCGCUCGGAAAGGCGGAGGGCGGGGAAGGCCAGAGGGGGACCCCCGCUCCUCGGGCCAGCCGCCCGCAGAGCCGCGCCCCAGCUCCACGCCCGGUGCGGAGGGGGCACUUCUGGAGAAACGUGCUUGAAGGACUGGUGGCCAGCAGGCAGGGGCUUUUCGACUUUCUUUUUCCAACUCUGAAACUGCAAUUACGACAGAAUAUGGGUUGUAUCAACAUUGCUUUCAAGCCUCACGAUCUCCAUGAAGUGAAUAUUAGGAGCAGAAACCUUCUCUAGUGACCCUGCAGGCGCUGGUGCCACACAGGAGGGUCGCCCCCUCCAGCUCAGCCCGCAUCUGCAUGUCACCCCAAGGCUGGGGCGAAGGGCCCCUGUGUCUUCAGAAGCAGGGACCAAGACCAGCCCUCUGUCCUGGCACCACUCUAAGGGCUGGAAGCUGCACAAUGGUAACCUCACCUAAAAAUGGAGAUUUUCCUGAUGCCUCCGGUCACUGUUCCCUUGCCAGUGGGGAAGAAAUCUUGUUCAGCCCUGCAUAGCAUGUUCCUCACAGCAGAGACACAGAGAUAGGAAGUGGAGGGGUGACAAGGAGAUGUGACAGGAAGACAAGACAGAAUGUGACCGGAAGAACAGGGAGAGUGUGACAGGAAGAUAGAGAAUGUGACAUGAAGAACAGGGAGAUGUGACAAAAAGAACAGGGAGUGUGACAAGAAGACACAGAGAGUGAGGCAGGAAGAACAGGGAGAGUGUGACAGGAAGACACAGAAAAUGUAACAGGAAGACACAGGGAGAGGUGAUAGGAAGAACAGGGAGAUGUGACAAGAAGACAUAGGGAGUGUGACAAGAAGAACAGGAAAAGGUGAUAGGAAGAACAGGGAGAGGUGACAAGAAGACACAGUGUGACAGAAAGAACAGGGAGAGUGUGACAGGAAGACACAGAGAGUGUGACAGGAAGACACAGAGAGCGUGACAGGAAGAACAGGGAGAGUGUCAUAGGAAGACACAGAGAGUGAGACAGGAAGACACAGGGAGAGGUGAUAGGAAGAACAGGGAGAGUGUGACAGGAAAACAUGGAGAGUGUGACAGGAAGAACAGGAAAAGUGUCACAGGAAGACACAGAAAGUGUGUGACAGGAAGAACAGGAAAAGUGUCACAGGAAGACACAGAAAGUGUGUGACAGAAAAAAACAGGGAGAGGUGACAGGAAUAUACAAAGAGUGAGGCAAGAAGAACAGGGAGAGGUGACAGGAAGAACAGGGAGAGUGUGACAGGAAGAUAGAGUAUGGCAAGAAGAACAGGGAGAGGAAACAGGAAGACAUAACAGUGUAGCAAGAAGAACAGGGAGAGGUGACAGGAAGAACAGGGAGAGGUGACAGGAAGAACAGGGAGAGCUGACAGGAAGAACAGGGAGAGGUGACAGGAAGAACAGGGAGAGGUGACAGGAAGAACAGGGAGAGGUGACAGGAAGAACAGGGAGAGGUGACAGGAAGAACAGGGAGAGGUGACAGGAAGAACAGGGAGAGGUGAGAGGGAAGAAUAGGGAGAAGUAAGUGACAGAGACUCAGGCAGAAGUAACAGAAAUUACAGGGAGAGUUAACAGGACAACCAGGGAGGGGACAGGAAGACGCUGGGAGAGAGGUGAGACCCAGAGGAGGUGAGAAGGGGACAGAGAAGAGCGACAGGCGGGCGAUGCAGAGGCGCCACAGCCCCAGCAAUGCUGUGUCUGGACAACAGGGGUGAAGAGGAACGGCCUGCUGGAGCCUGAGCCGUGCCGGGAGGAUGCCACGAGAGGCGUUGCUCACCGCCGCGGCCCCCGGCUGAGCCAUCCUGAAAAUCCCCAGGAACCACCUGACUGAAGCUUGAGGAACUUUCACCUCAGCUCACUGAGGCGUGCUCCCUCUGCUCCUGGGGCUGUGACCCGAGCAAGUCUCCACGCGUGUGGGCCCAUUCCACAGAAAUGAGGCAUUACCAGUCGGCUUACUUUUCGUGCAUUACGCUUUUUCUUAUAUAACUAACGCAGAUCAAAAGCAUGUAUCACAUGGUAAAUGAAGCAAAGUCAGUACCUGCCUUUAUCAAUGUUUAAAAGCACAAUCACGUGCAUUUAUAGUAAAACUUGAAAAAACAUACCAAUAAUUCCCCCCCUUUUCUCUC